GAUACGUGCUUUCACGUCUCCAAAAGUUCUGGAAAGUCUCCAAUAACACCAGAAAAAAAUCGCCUUUGACAAAAAUAAAUAAAGUCGCCAAGAGGGUUUGGAAAGUGUCCAGAAUUAGAAAGAAAAGUCGCCAAGUUAGCAACACUGCUAACGUUAACGUACACUGUUGUUGCUAGGCAACGUCACACUGUUAGCUAAAUAUUUAAUGUAGAUUAGAAGAUGCUGUGUAGCAUGAAAACGAGUGGACUUUAAACCGGACAUUUUCUGUCUGCAGUAUGACCUCUGGAUAUUAGUUUUAAUGUUCGACUCAGUAUGAUCGUAACUCAGUGGUUUUCAUAUCAGAUGACCGGUGAGGUGGACAGUUAGGGUACAUGGAGAGCUGGGAUUGAAUAGAUAGAUUGAGGACAAUGAAAAAUAAGGAAAAAAUCAAAGAAAGACAAUGAUGACAAUCUCAGACCUACACCCUUUCACCAUGCCCAAGUACCUGGCACAUUACAGGGUACUAGAAAAAGAGUGGGGAAAACAGGAACGGAGAAGGCAGCGCACCCUGAAAGUUCAUCAGAAGGGGCUUCCACCCGUACAGAACAGGCGCAGGAUUCUGAUGCAUGAACUCGAGGAGGCAGCGAGGAAUGACAUGUUAAAUGAUAUUGAAAAAGUUCACACUUCCUCUAAGCCAGACAAGACACUUGAAUGGGACUGUCGCCACAUUGGAUCUUGCCAAGAGUUUGUGGAGAAACAGAGAGAGAUAUCUCGACUCAUGUACUCUAAGGCAGUGGUAGAACAGAGAAUCAAGGAUCUCCAAGAGUGGAAAAUCAGAGAAGACGCAGAGUGUGUCGAUGAGGAAGUCUUUCUGAAUUAUAUGGAGGAGGAAAUAAACAAAAUGACAAUGGCUAUAAACACGGCUGAAGAAUACAAGACGACCAUGAAGACACUAACAGAGCAGAUCAAAGAGAAAAAGCAGGAAAUUAAGAAAAUGAAGAGGAACAUUGCCAAGUUCCAGGAAAUGAUGGACCUUGAAAAGGAGUGUGAGGAGAUACUCUGGAGCCUCUCACCCCCUGAGUGGCAGAAGCAGCAGGAAGCCAGGAAGCAGAUCGCUGAGAAGAUCAAGGCUUCCUCCCAAACACCUAGCCGACGAUCUAGCCUGCGUCCUGGAAGAAGGGGCAGUGUUGUGCUUCCCCCCAUAGGGACUACCUCGUCCAAGGUCUCUGUGCAAAGCAACAAAAGGAAGAAGACUGAAAAACUGGAGCAGGGGAUCGUGGGAAACCUGGAGAUCUAUGAGAAGCCUCAGAUAUAUUUCACCGACUCUACACAGCUACUGAACAUCAUGUUGGACAUGCAGGCUGAAACAAAUCGCCUCUUAGAGGAAAAGGAAAAGGUCGAGUAUUUAGUGGAGUUCGGCAAGAAAUGGCAGGGGGGACCGGUCAAGAAAAUGAAGGAGGAGAACGAUCAGUGUAAAAAGCAGCUCAAGUCCCUGGUGGAAACCCUCUCUGAGAAGAAAGAGACUGCAGAAGAGCUAGAGGAGAAAUUAGAGUGUUUUAAGAGGAGAGGUGUUCUUCAGGAAAAUAAAGAAGUUCUGAAGCAGGUGUGUGAGAAGAUAGAGCAGGUGUACAUCGAGAUACCGGAUGCUAACCCGGGCAUUCAGAAGGCAAGCGCGAUGGUCACCGCCAUUGAGAAUUUUGUGUCUGAAGCGUUGGAGGAGCUCAGUAAGCUUCCAGUGAAGGAGCUGAAAAAGAUGAAGACGGAGUACAAACUGGAGAAGAUCGCCAGGGGCAAAAGAGAGAAAACCCUGCAGGCGAUGAUGAGGAGACAGCAGCGAGAAGCAAUGAGGGAACAGCGGGCUCUGCAACCUGUGAAAAAGAAAGAAAUGUUUCGGUCCUACCUGGUGAAGCCGCUCACAGUGGAAGAGAGGAAACCAGGAAAUGGGAAGAGCAAGAGAGAGAGCUUUUCAUGUAACUGUGUUCUGUAAGAUCCAGAAAUGCUCCAUUAUUUUCUGAUUAUUUCUUUAUUUUAACCCUUGUGCACUGUUUAAAUCCAACCCUAAUUUUAUGUUUUGGGAUGAAAACAUCCAAUAAAAUAAACUCUGUUAAAAUAUAUCAGAUGAAUAUCAACCUCAGUUCUGAUCAAAACUACUAAAUGUAAAAAAAAAAAAAUUCCAAUUUUAAUUUAAUUGCCAAGUUUAUCAAUGACGUCACUGAUUUGGGAGAAAAAACACGAACAAAAUGACUGAUUUUAAUAUAAAAAGUGAUUGAGGGCUACCCUUUAGAUAGGCCUGUGCAAAGAAAGCAUAGUUUCUGGCUUUUUUAUAUGGAGUUAUAUGGAGUAUAUCAGCAUAUUAUAGUGUGUGUGUGUGUGUGUGUGUGUGUGUGUGUGUGUGUGAGAAAGUGAGAGAGAGACCUUUGUGCACUAACCUUGAUGUGUCUGAGAAAAUCAAAAUAUGUACCUCAGCUACAUGGAGUACAUGUAUAUGUACAAGUAAGUGUAUUUAUACAAGUAGGUAAGUGGAUUUAAACACUUGCAUGUCGUCCUGCUGGUCAUUUGAUGGUGAGAAGAGCAGCAAGCACCAUGAGGAAAGGCUUCACUUGUGCAAAAUUUUUUGGAAAUGAUUAUGCAGCCUGACCCCUCCAGCGAGCUGCAGGAUAUAUCCCCCUGACACCACAGACUCAGGAGAGUCAGAUCCUGAUUUUGUUGUGGCACCCUCAUUAUCCUCUCCAGCUUUUUCCACUGAAGGCGAGGAGGAUUCAGAGGAUCCUGGAUCCGGGUGGAUUGGGAGAAACGGCAGUGGUCGUGCAGUUUUCAGAGCCACCAUGUCCCUCUCAAUCAGCAGAGCUCUUGGCUUUGACGACAAGCUUCAGAGACCAGCUGGUCAUAGAGAGGACAAGCUUGUCCCCAUCAGAUCCCUGUGGGAAAUGUGGACGCAUCGCCUUCCCCUCCUAUUCAACCCCGGCAAAGAUGUCACAGUGGAUGUGUAGCUUGUGCCAUUCAAAGGGUGAUGAAUAGUAGCUCUGAAUUCUAACUAUUUUCCGUCAUGCCUUCUAACUUCUUUAUUAGACUCAAUGUUUGAACGUAAAUCAGUCCAAUAACAGGCUGUAAGCAAGAUCUAUGCAUGUAUGAGUCAACUCCCUUUAGAUCUACUCAAAAAUAGGUGGGGGACAGACUUAGGUAAGCUAAUCUCAGAGGAAGUCUGGCACAAAAUAAUACACACUCAGCAUCCGUCUGCCUCAGACAUGCCGUAAUACAAUUUAAAAUUGUACACAUUGGUCUAAGGUCAGAGUCUCUGAGAUUGAAGCUGACAUAGAUCCCACAUGUGAUAGAUGCAGGCAGGCUCCCGCAACUCUGCUGUAACUCAGCAAUAUUUCGGAGACCUUCUCUGGUAGAGCCACCUCCGCUUAUUGCAUUGUUUGGUGUGCCCCUGGAAAACACUAGCGUUAGCAAAAGGAAAAUGAAAAUCUUCUGUUUUCAUCUGUCUAGGAGACUGAUAUUGAUUAAAUGGAACGACCCUAUUCCACCGACAUUUAGCCACUGGAUAAGGGAAGUCAUGUUGGAGAAAAUUUGGUAUACAGUUAGAAGGCCUACUGGGGCAUUUUAUAAAAUCUGGCAACCUUUGUUGAAGGAAUGAAAGCAGGCAAUAUGGUAUUGUAAAAGUUGUAUGGUGUUGUUAUUAAUACUUCCUGACAUUGUACCAGACAUACAUGCUUUAUUUCAGAAUAAACACU